AUGGCCAUGCUUGCCCCACACAAUGGCAAUGAGGCAACUGAGUUCAUCCUCCUGGGACUGACCAGCCAACAAGAGCCGCAGCCCAUCCUUUUUGUGUUUCUCCUGAUUUACUUCAUCACACUGACAGAGAACUUUGGAUUGAUUGCAUUAAUCAGACUCACUCCCCGGCUGCAAACACCCAUGUACUUUUUCCUCAUCCACUUAGCAUGCGUGGAUAUUUUUUAUUCUACUAAUCUCUCUCCUCAGAUGCUUGUUAAUUUCCUCUCUGAGAAGAAAACCAUUUCCUACAUGGGGUGUCUGGCCCAGUGUUUUGUUUUUGUACUGUUCUUUACUGAGUAUUACAUGCUCAGUGCCAUGGCCUAUGACAGGUACAUGGCUAUCUGCCAUCCCCUGCACUAUAACAGCAGAAUGUCCAGGUCACUUUGCACCUGCCUUGUCACUUUUCCCUACCUCUGGGGUGCUAUGGUGGGCACAAUGCAGGUAAUAUUGACCUCUCACUUGUCCUUUUGCAGACCCAACAUCAUCAACCAUUUCUACUGUGCUGACCCACCCCUCCUCAUGUUGACAUGUUCUGACACUUACAUAAAGGAGACUAUGGAUAAAGAAAACCACUCAGUGGUGCCGGAGUUCAUCUUUAUGGGCAUCACUCAAGACCCUCAGCUGCAGAUCAUCUUCUUUGUGGUCUUCCUCUUGGUCUUCCUGGUCAAUGUAGUAGGGAACAUUGGUAUGAUUAUCCUGAUCAUAACAGACACUCAGCUUCACACACCCAUGUACUUUUUCCUCUGCAACCUCUCUUUUGUUGACCUGGGCUACUCCUCAGCCAUUGCCCCCAGGAUGUUGGCUGACUUCUUAACAGAGCACAAAGUCAUCUCCUUCUCUAGCUGUGCCACCCAGUUUGCUUUCUUUGUAGGUUUUGUGGAUGCUGAGUGCUAUGUCCUGGCUGCCAUGGCCUAUGACCGUUUCGUGGCCAUCUGCCGACCCCUCCACUAUAGCACUCUUAUGUCCAAGCAAGUCUGCUUGGCUCUCAUGCUGGGCUCUUACCUGGCCGGCCUGGUGAGUUUAGUGGCCCUCACGUCCCUCACCUUCAGUUUGAGUUACUGUGGUUCCAAUAUUAUCAACCACUUCUUCUGUGAAAUCACACCUCUCUUGGCCCUCUCUUGCUCAGACACCUACAUCAGCGAGAUUAUGCUGUUUAGUAUGUGUGGCUUCAUUGAAUUCAGCACCAUCCUCAUCAUCUUCAUCUCCUAUGCUUUCAUCCUCAUCAGAAUCAUCAGAACGCACUCUGCUGAAGGCCACCUUAAGGCUUUCUCCACCUGUGGGUCUCACCUUACUGGUGUCACCCUUUUUUAUGGCAUAGUCAUGUUUAUGUACCUGAGACCAACAACCAGCUACUCCCUGGACCAAGACAAGUGGGCCUCUGUGUUCUACACUGUUAUCAUUCCCAUGCUGAAUCCCUUGAUCUACAGUUUACAGAACAAGGAUGUGAAAGCUGCCUUCAAAAGACUAAUUGGAAAAAAAUGCCAAGAGUAA